AUGAUGUUCCCUGUGAAACUUUCCAUAUGUAGCAUCCUAUUGUACUCCUGUCAAUAUCCUGAACACGUAAAUGGAUUCGGCACAUCAUGGAAUCAUAGGCCCGAGCAACAUGACACUCUCAGUGUCAGGAUCAGUAGAUUGUUAACGGUCGAAUUGGAUAUGCAAGCACCAGCACCAAAUAAAACAUUACUGCUCAGUCCUGGUACGGGUCCAGGUAAAAAAGUCGCAUCGAAGCAGAAGCCAGGAAAGUCCGGUAAACCAACAACGAAUGUUGCAUCAGAAGGAUCGUUACCGCAGUCCCCACAGAAUAAAGUGCAAGGUGAAAUGAAUGAAAACAAGCCAAAAGGAACUGAAGUGAAGAGUGCAACGGACAAGCAAACACCAGAGCAAAAUAAAGCACCCGCGACUCCUAGUGCAGGCCCAGUGAAAACCACGGCGCAAGAUGGGAAGUCCGGAAAAUCGAAGCCCAAAGAUAGAUCGCAAGGGUUACAAGAAUAA